AUGCCAUCACGACGGUCUCAUCGGAAAUCUCGCGAUGGAUGCAUUCCUUGCAAACGGCGUAGGGUCAAGUGUGAUGAGCGCCGCCCUGAAUGUACGAAUUGCGCGAACCGAAAUACUGUUUGCAAGUACGCCUCUAAAGCUUCCGUGACGUCACCCCGCUCGAAUACCGAAGAGUCUUCUCCUUGCUCAUUACCGAUCCAUCCUCCUCGUACAUCCGCCCAGACACGCUCGAUAUAUAUUCCACAGGAUCAAACAUGUAUACCAAAUAAGCAGGUGGAGAGUGCAGCAAAUCCUCCACCAAUCUCAGGCCUUAAUAUUCGCGACAUAGAGCAGCUUCUCCACUGGUGCUCCUCGACUUACGCGACGAUAGCACACACAACAGAGGUUGAAGAAGUAUUCCAAUUCCUCUUACCUAUGGAGGGCCUGGCAUAUCCAUUUGUGCUUCACGGAGUACUAGCAUUGUCUGCGCCUCACAUCGCACGUACAGAGAACCGAAGUGACGGGGCGAGUUAUUUCUCUAUUGCCUUAGAGCACCAGAAUUCUGCACUCGCUCUAUUCAGGCCUGAGGGGCCGUGUUCCCCAUUCGCAGAUACUUAUGACCCCAUUCGAGACCUUCUUCAAGGGUUUGAUCUAUGUAGGGGGCUCCGCGAAGUGACAGGGCUCUUAUGGCACUGGGUCAAAGAGGGGAGAAUUUCAGACGUGCUGAUUUGCGUGGAUGACAACAAAAUAUUGCCCCUUUCUGAUAAAGUCCAGGAAGCUUUUUCACGUUUAGGCCAUUUCAAUGAGUAUUAUGGAAAGGAAGUCAGCACUCAUGACACAUCAUGCUAUGCUUCUGCUAUUAGCUCUCUAACAGAAUUGAUGGAAAUAUCCCAGGGCAAACCCCGUAGGGUGGAACUGGCGUUGAGAUGGUCAUUUAACCUCACAGACAAGUAUGUGGACCUGUUGAGGGAACGUGACUCAAUGUCACUCGUUAUCCUAGCACACUAUUGUCUCUUGCUUCAUCAUUGCAGACACCAGUGGUGGAUGGAGGAGUGGAGCUUGCAUCUCGCACGUUCUAUUUGGGGUCUUCUUAGACGAGCAUUGGAGACCAUCAGCAAUGUGGGCCUUGAAAGAAGUGGGGCUCGAGAUUUGAAUGUAAAUGAUUUGAUUACCCAGGUCUGCGGUUCUUCGAAGAUCAAUGGGAUGCUGAAACUUUGA